CCUGCCAGAGUUUGACCGUUAGUGUGUCACCAAAGCCAGUAAAGGAGGUGUGCUUGCUGCUGCAGUGCGGGGUCGUUUUCCUACUAAACCUAGCUAACGAAAUUCACAAUAGAAACCUAACCGACGGUGGUUCAGUAACGAUGGCUGACGGAGACAACAAAAGCGCAAAUAUCCUAGCUCAGGAAACGGCCCAACUGGAGGAGCAGCUGCAGGGCUGGGGUGAGGUGAUCCUGGCCGGGGAUCGCGUUGUGCGCUGGGAGAAACCUUGGUUCCCUGGAGCCCUGAUGGCUGCCACCACCGUGCUCUUUCUGCUGAUUUACUACCUGGACCCAUCAGUGCUGACUGGGCUCUCCUGCGCUGUCAUGUUGCUCUGCCUAGCAGACUACCUGGUACCCACACUCGCACCCAGAGUCUUCGGCUCUAAUAAGUGGACGACCGAGCAGCAGCAGCGUUUCCACGAGAUCUGCGGUAACCUGGUGAAGACCCAGCGUCGGAUCGUGGGCUGGUGGAAGCGUCUCUGCGCCCUCAAGGAGGAGAAGCCCAAAAUGUACUUUGCCUCAGUGAUCGGCAGCUUGCUGGUAGUGGCCUGGAUCGGACAGCAGGUGCACAACCUCUUCCUCACCUACCUGAUUGUGAACUUCCUGCUGCUGCUGCCUGGCCUGAACCAGCACGGUGUCAUCACAAAGUACGCAUCCAUGGCCAAGAGGGAGAUCAACAAACUGCUCAAACAGAAGGAGAAGAAGAACGAGUAGACGGAAGUGUGAAGAGGAAAUCUCUGAAAGAUGAACCAUGACAAAAUGGAGGGGGAAGGAAGUUGAUUGAAGAAAAGAGAGCAAAAAAGUAAAGAAAAAAAAAGCGCCUCCUGGUCUCUGCCACAGAGCAAGACACCCCUUUUUCACACAUUGGAUAAGUUUAAUUUCUCUUCCAUUUGAUGUUCGAAUCUCACAUCACCCACUAGUUUAUUUUUUUAUUUUGAAUUUAUCUGCCAUGCAUGCAGCCACCACGUGAAGGUUAUCUGAUAUGUCACUUGUUAAUACACAGCACUGAAAGGCUCAACAACACCCACGCUCCCCUGCCCCAUACACAAAUUCAAAACCUUCCUUCUGUUCAGGUGUGCUUCAUUUUAAGAUGUCAGUAAUGCUUUUAAGCCAUUCCCUCUACUUAGACAAAGUGACUACUGAGCAGUUUUUGUAGCAUUACUGCAUCCUUUUAACCUCAAGAUUCCUCACAGUAUUGUUUUUUUAUUUUUCC